CAUUUACAUGAGACGUUCUAGUGGCGAAAUAGCCUUACGUGCUGGGGUAGAAGUGAGGUCGCGGGGGUUAUUGGUGGGUGGUAUAUGGAGGCUGGGGGUGACAUUUAUAUACAUAUAUAGAGAGAUGGAGGGGUGGUGACUGGCAGGUGUACCUCUAUGCAUACACUACAUACAGGGACAGUACACAGCCUGCUUACAUACACAGCCCUACCAACAAUUGAGGGACUAUAGAUACACACAGCGAGUGACCUGCUCUCUCCACACACACACACACAGCCCUUCCUGAAUAAACCCAUACAGAGCCUCUGCUAGUAGUUGUGAUUACAUGUCUAUAUUCAGGACAUCGAUAUUAGAGGUGACCACACAGAGGGGCAGCAGAUGUGACAUAGUGCCAUAGUCAUGCAGGCCCAGUACUGAGUCACAGGACAUCCAGAGCUCAUCCUGGGACCAUGUGAGUCUGCUGCCCACACAGACGUCUCAGCACUGCGAUGGCGACCCAUUAUAAGGCCGGAGGAUUCCCCGGAUGGAGGAUCCACAUCUCCAGUGAACUGAGGAGGAGGGAUCGAGAACAGAGACAAGCCUUCGAGGAGCUCAUCCUACAAUAUAACAGGUUGCUUGAAAAAUCUGACCUUCAGUCCGUUUUGGCUGAAAAACUACAGGCGGAGAAGUAUGAUCUACUGAGCCGACAUGACACCAGCCCAGGUCCAGAUGGAAUGCGUAAUGAUGCGAUACUACAAGAUAUGGCUCAGAUGAGGAUAAAACACCAGGAGGAGCUGACAGAUCUCCAUAAAAAGCGUGGAGAGCUGGCUCAGACGGUUAUAGAACUGAACAACCAGAUGAAUCAGAAGGACAAAGAAAUCCAGGCUAACAAAGAGACGAUAGAGGACUAUAUGCGUUCCAUUAACGGUCUGGAGACAGAGUGUCAAGAAUUAAGAAAUAAACUGCAAGAACUGGAGCGAGUCAAUCAGACCUUAAAAGACGAAUACGACGCCCUGCAGAUAACCUUUAACGCUUUGGAAGAAAAACUGCGAAAAACCACUGAGGAUAACCAGGAGCUUGUAACCCGUUGGAUGGCUGAGAAAGCUCAGGAAGCUAAUCGUCUCAAUGCAGAAAAUGAUAAAGACACGAAGAGGAGACAGGCACGACUUCAGAAGGAACUGGCUGAUGCUGCCAAGGAACCUCUGUCUGUGGAGCAAGAUGAUGAUAUAGAGGUGUUAAAUGAUAAUGCUGAUGCCUCGGGGGAUGCUGCAGCAGCACCACCAAUUGGGCGAAUCUCCAGUAAGAGACUCUCUCAGCCUGGCGUAGGAGGCCUUCUGGAUUCUAUCACUAAUAUUUUCGGCCUGUCUGAGUCUCCCCUCUUGGGUCAUCAUUCUGACACUGCCAGGAGACGGUCUAUACCCUCCUUUCCAUCAUCCCAAGACUGUGCAGAUGCUCAGGCUGGUGGGAAUCAGGAAGUACGAGUUCCAGUUUCUGCUCUCCACAUAUUUGAUGCCCAUGAUGGAGAAGUUAAUGCUGUCCGGUUCAGCCCAGGCUCUCGGUUAUUGGCAACAGGCGGAAUGGACAGGCGGGUGAAACUGUGGGAGGUUAUUGGAGAUAAAUGCGAGGCAAAGAGUUCGCUAACGGGGAGCAAUGCUGGAAUUACUAGUAUAGAAUUUGAUAGUGCUGGCACCUACCUAUUAGCUGCAUCCAAUGAUUUUGCGAGCAGAAUUUGGACUGUAGAUGAUUACCGACUUCGGCACACCUUAACUGGACAUAGCGGGAAGGUUUUGUCUGCCAAAUUCUUACUAGACAAUGCUCGAAUUGUUUCUGGUAGCCAUGAUCGGACGUUAAAACUCUGGGACCUGCGCAAUAAAGUCUGUAUUAAGACUGUGUUUGCUGGAUCCAGUUGUAAUGAUAUUGUCUGUACAGAGCAAUGUGUGAUGAGCGGUCACUUUGACAAAAAGAUCAGAUUCUGGGAUAUAAGAACCGAGAGUAUAGUACGGGAGCUGGAGCUUCAAGGAAGGAUCACUGCUUUAGAUCUGAACCCCGAAAGAACAGAGCUGCUCAGCUGCUCUCGAGAUGAUCUCAUCAAAAUUGUAGACCUGCGUGCCAAUGCUGUUCGGCAGACUUUUAGUGCUCAGGGUUUCAAGUGUGGAUCAGAUUGGACUAGAGCUAUUUUUAGUCCGGAUGGUAGCUAUGUGGCUGCUGGGUCUGCAGAAGGAACGUUAUACUUCUGGAAUGUGAUGACUGGGAAGGUAGAGAAGAUCCUUGGAAAGCAUCAUAGUUCGUCCAUUAAUGCUGUUGCCUGGUCUCCCUCUGGUACCUACGUUGUUAGUGUGGAUAAAGGAAGCAAAGGAGUUUUAUGGUCUGACUUUUGAUCAUCAUGAACCAAGAUCCUACGCUAGUGAUGAGUGGUGCCAGUUAUUUGAUGCUUUGCUUUGGUGCGAACCUCCUUGGAAGAUAGAUUCUCAAUAUAACAGCAGUGGUUGAUGCUGUGAUGUGCAGACCACAAUAUUGUGCACAAGGCUCUGCACAGGAUACUUCUCACUGGUACACUGCUGUGGAAUGAAGGACUUACAAGUGGUUUAUUGCUAUGACACGGAGAACAUAUUGUAUGUUAAAAGAUUACUAUAUAAAUAUGGGUGAAAGAAGAAUUUUAAUAUACACCCGGAGCAUAAUGUAUACGUCUGUUCUGUUCUUUUUUGAGAGAUCAUUUGUUUUAAAUGGGCAAAUAUACCUUUUUAACAAAAUAUUAAUUUUGCAAGGGGAAGAUUUUUUUUUUUUCCAUUUAGGCGAUUAUAAGUUUUACAAGCUAAUACAUAGGAGCAUAUAAAGAAGAAAAUGGAGUUAAUGUUUUUUUUCAAUGCCAAAUAUAUGUGUCAAGGGUAUAUUUUCCUAUUUAAACAUAUCUUAAAAGGCACUUUAAAUGUGUUUUAUUAAAUUGCCACCAUAUUGGUUAAUAGGUAAUGUAUUAUAUGCUUUUAUGUGGAAUUUCAGGUAUAACCUUUUUGAUUUCAGAAAGGCUUCUAAAGUGUGCUGCACUUCAGGAAUGAAAACAGCCCUUUAAAACAAAUGGAGGGAGCUUUAUGGUGGCCAUACGUGAGAAGAUCUCUCACUAACUUCAAUGUUCCCAUCCACAUCAUUGCACUUCCUGGACUGACAGCGACAACUGUUCCGUGCUUAAAGAAUGAAAUAAAGUUCAUGAAUGUAAAUUUAAAAAAACAAAACUCCCUUGCCCUCUCAAUAGAGUAAACUGUCAGAAUUUCCCCACGGUACUUGCAACCUCACUAGCAGAUCAUUACUUCUUUGGAUGGCAUUGGCUGCACUGUUUGGUACAACCAUUGCCAUUUCUUGCCAAUAUCGAGCUGUGUAUGGCCACCAUUCGUCUUUACCUCUUUAGCAGUGAAUGUUUACAUAGUUAUGUAGAUGUUAAAUAAAUGAGAAUUUUCUCAUGACAAAAGUAUGCACGUGAUUCAGCAAUAGCUACUCUAUUUGGUCAGUGAAUAUAUGUUUUAGGGAUGCCCCGUUUUAAGUGAGAUGAUUAUUUGUGUAGUGGAAGUAAAUUAUGCUUCCAACAUAAUGUGUCCCUGAAUGAUUUACUUUUUUGCGUUUAUUAAAAAACAAGGAAAACAA